GACAACGAGCCAUGGUUGGCGUGUAUAAAUAAAAGUGUCGAGACUGUUGUGUGUCGGCAGUAGUUUCAAGCGACGAAACACACUCGUCGAUUGACGCGCUGACCAUGGGCAGCGGGUCCAGCUGCGACAAGGAAGAGCUCAAGGCCAAGACGGAAAAGUCAGUGGCCGAGUCCACACCAGUGAGUCGUCGCAUGUCGGAGGUGGCGCCAGCACUAGCGUACCAAAACAUGACAACCGAUCAUGUCAACAAGAUGCUCGAAGCAUAUGCCAACACAACGCUGGAGCUGUCGCUCGCGCAAGAAGCCGACUUUACCGGGUUCCUGGCACAGCACAACCUUCCUCCGUUCCAAGCGAUUCCGAACCAAGUGUACAAGCUGUGGCACUUGAUCGAGGUCAACUUUAGCCACAACCAGCUCGCGUGUCUCGACGACGCAAUCGGGGAUUUGACCCAGCUCGAAGUCCUCGACAUCGCAAGCAAUCGACUCACGCUCCUGCCCGACUCGCUGUGCAAACUCACGCGGCUGUCGACGUUGAUCGUGUCCGAGAACCAACUGACAAGCCUGCCGUGUGACCUCGGCCACUGCGCGUCGCUAAAGAAGCUCAUUUGCUUCAAGAACCAGCUCACGACCCUCCCAGACAGCAUCGGCGGCUGCCAACCCCUCGAAGAAGUCAACUUUUUUAACAACAAACUCACGUCCCUCAGCCCGGGCUUUUACGAUCUCGUCAACCUGACCGAGCUCAACAUUGCCGGAAACGCCCUAACGCAACUGGACCCGUUUACCAAGUUUGUCAACUUACGGCGAUGUGCGGCGUAUUUGAAUAAGCUCAAGGCGUUCCCAAGUCUCACAGCAUGCACGCAACUGACCCAGCUUCAACUGUAUCGCAACGCGCUCAAAGAAAUCCCCGACACGACGGACCUCACCCUUCUCACCGACCUCGACGCCAACUCGAAUCAAAUCAAGACCAUCCCAGAUACAUUGUGUUGUCCGCAGUCCAGCCUGCGAAGCCUCAACUUGCGGAAAAACAGGCUGCUGAGCUUGCCGCCUGCCCUGGGCAACUUGAAAAACAUGGAGAUUCUCAACAUUGGCGGCAACCCCAUUAGCUCGCCGGUGCCCGCCGAGCUCGCCAACAUGACGAAACUCAUGUCGUUCCUCGUCGACGAUUCGAACUUGACUGUUUUGCCCAAGGAGCUGGCGUCCAUGACGUCGCUCGUGCGAGUCGACGUCGGAUCGCGCAUUGACCACAGCGACGACACGACCAAAUACGUGAUGAACCAACUCGAACUCACGUGCGACACGAACAAGGGCUGGCUAAAGCAGUCAUAACGAGAUGCGUGUUGUCGUAAUGUGGCAAAACUGUCGACUAGAGAAUGCUCUUCUGGCGCUGGUGUUGGUGGAACCAGUGUUUGUUCGCCCGGAGCAAGAGGGAAACCCCACCCAAAAUGGCGGCAUGACCAAUGUACAUGACGAUCAGCGGAAUGUCUUCCUUUGUCAUGUACGUUGAUACGAUUGCGCAUAACGCACUCCAAAAGCUCAACACGUACACGACAAGCUUGGCGCUUCGAACGUGCCUGCCGACGAGUGUCAAGGUCGAGUUUCAUUCUUCAGUAUUGUACCAGGUCGAGCACGCGUGCGGGAAGCGAAAGUAGACUGCAAACAGGAGCAUGUCGCCGGCCAACGCGACAAACAAGUAAAAUCG